AUGCCAAAGCGAAAGAGAACGACAUCGACGGCGGCGGCGGCGGCGGCAAUGAUGAGCAACGCAACUUCAGUGCUCCCACAGAAAAAACAUUACAGACAACGAGCGCAUGCGAAUCCAUUCUCUGACCAUUCACUCGUGUAUCCGUCAUCACCUGAUUCAAUCGAUUGGUCAAUUCAUUAUCCAGCCUUUGUGAACCAGAGACCAUCGUUUGCAGAUAUUGGAUGUGGAUUUGGUGGUCUGUUAAUCACACUAGCACCUCAAUUCCCUGACACUCUCAUCAUCGGUCUUGAAAUUCGUGUUCAAGUAACACAGUAUGUCCAAGAUCGUAUCACCGCACUCCGCGCAACCUCAGACAAUUAUCAAAAUGUAUCAGUCAUCCGCGCUAACGCCAUGAAAUUCCUCCCAAACUUCUUUCAAAAAGCUUCCCUCACCGCUCUCUUCUUCCUCUUCCCCGAUCCCCACUUCAAAAUACGCAAACACAAGGCACGCAUCAUAUCACCCACCCUUCUUGCAGAAUACGCGUACGUCCUCGCACCAGGUGGAAUCGUCUACACCAUCACCGAUGUCGAGGAUCUUGCACAGUGGAUGCGCGCUCAUCUAGAUGCUCAUCCACUCUUUCAAUUUGUUGAGGAACAAGAACUAAGGAAUGAGGGAAAAGGUCCCAUCUUGGAUGCAGUGUAUAGUUCAACGGAAGAAGGGAAAAAGGUCGAACGCAACGCUGGCCAGAAGUGGCUCGCAUGCUUCAGACGCAUCGAGGUCAAAAGAAUAAAUACGUAG